GCUGUCAAUCAAGUGGCCGGCUGCAGCUGUUCCCCGUUCAGUCAGCCGCAGGAAGUUUGAGGCCACAGGCAGAGGUUCUCCAUGCGGCUCUCCAUGCGGCUUUUACGGAUCAUUUCGACUCCAAAAAACGUUUUAUAAACAUAUAUGAGGACCAGCUAAGCGACUCAGUUUUUUACUAUUUUUCAUUUUCCACGUCGUCCUUGAGACAUGCCGCUGCUGAAGGAGGACCCAUCUUAUCUGUCUAAAUCUCGACUGAAGUCUGAUUUGGUUGCCCACAAUGUCGCGCUGCCACCUGCCAAAAGCAAAAAGGACAUUUAUGUGGAGUUGCACUUAAAACACAUCGAUCAGAAACACGCUGCGGAUUUUUCUAGCGAUGAGGAGGAUCAAAUACAUGAUGUGGAAGAUGCAGAUCCAGAGGUAACAGAGAUUCCUGACCCAAGUGGCUUAACUGAUGACGACCUGAAGACCGCCCUGCUCGCACAUGGAGUUAAAGCUGGCCCCAUAGUAGCCUCCACCAGGGCCUUGUAUGAGAAAAAGCUCAGGACACUGAUGCAGUCCAAUGGUAAAGACCAUCUGAAUGGAGCAGAGAAAGGUGUGUUGUACUCCGACAGUGAAGAAGAGGAGGGGGACGAGGAAGAGGAUGACAGAGAUUCAGGUUCUGAAGGAGAAAAAGAGGAAGCUGUUGAACAGGAAGGCCAGGCCCAACAAGAGAGAAGCCAGGUGAAGACGUAUUUUCAGAAAGGUGGUUUUGUUUACCCACAGUGCUUUUUACCAUCAUCAAGGCUGCGUGCUCAGCAUCCUAGAAACAAGGAACCAACUCCCAAAUGGAAUUCAGUGAAUGCAUUAAAAUCAUCAGAGCGAUGUCGGACUCAAUGCUCACAGAUUCCCACAGGAAAUAGUAUUGGAUCCUCUGUAGAUCAACUGUCAGGAUUAAGAUCAGGGGUUACGUCUGGAUCGCAAUCAGUUAUGCCCAACGAUGGCUCAUCAUUUUCCUCUCAGGCCUUCAGCAUCACUCAAAUGGUUGAGGAGAUGGAGAGUCGGGUGUCACUCUCCACCAGCGCAGACACUGAGAGUGGUUUGAAUGGGAGCAAUGUGCAGGACAAUUGGUCGCGGUCCAGCAGGCUUGACAUGCUGAUUCAAGACAAGUACAACAUGAAGAACAAGACCCUGUACUACACUCCCGAGGUUUCCCCUUGUAAAGGGGCAAAGAAGCCUCCUCAGGAACCUGUGAGAGAUGUUUUCGAGGACAUGUUUCCAAACACUCCGACGCCCACAGGAAUCUACGCUUCUCGUCGGAAACCCAUCAAGGGUGCUGCGGGGAGACCUAUCCAGUAUGCGUACCCUGACUCUCCUGCCAGUCCCACGACUCUUCAGAGAAGAGAGGUCGAGCGCCGUCUUGUGCCCAUCCAUAUUCAAAUUGGGGUCUUUCUCACUGUGGCAUGCCUCCUUUACCUCAUUUUCGUAUGUGUUGAUGACAGCUCAUUAAGCCCAGUUAUGGCCUUACUCGACAGUCUAACCCAGGAGUCAGACAGCAAAGAAGGGCUUCAGGCUGAGACUCAGGACAUACCACCACUCCAGGAGUAACCCUGUUUUUCUUUUUCCCUCUGCGUUGACUUCCGUUUGUAGGUUACUUUAUAGUUGAUGCAGACCAUAAUGACUUUGUCCUGGGAUAUCUUCAGGGAACACAAAUGCAACACUUUAAGUUGAUUACAGUGUUUGUGUGUCUGUAUGAUAACAUACCUCAAAAUCCAGUUUUAUGUUUUUUACAUGUUAUAACAAGGCUUAAGUUAAGAUUUGAAAGAGCUGAAGAAAAUUGUCGAGAGCUUUUGUAUUUCAUAAUCAAACAAUGUAAUCUCAUAGUCACUUUUCUAGAAGUGCUGUCACUGUUUAUUGUGUGAUAUGUUUUAAUAUUUCAAUUAUAUUUCAAUAAAAGAUGUUUGGCUCUAUA